GAUGAUUACACAUUUCAGACUACUCGCGAACAGCCGUGAGAUGCGAAAGGGCCUAGCGAUCGGAUUCCACGCAGUUAGUUUCCUGCAAUUCGCUUUUGCGGUUUAUUACGAUUACACAUAUACGAUCGUACCAGACAAUGUCACAAGGGUGCACAGCGCCUUUGGUGGGAAGUUCAAGUUUCUGACAUUUUGGGACGCGAUACUGCAAGCUGUAUUCUUCUUAGUAUGUCUUUUGAACGAUAUGUUUGGCACAAAUGCUGUAAAUCCCAAAAAGGUGCCAUUCAUACGGAAAUUCAAGGAUUAUUUCCACGCGAGUCUCGGAUUUCCUGUUGCUAUGUUCGUUGGUGUAACUUUCUGGACAUUGAUGUUUGUGGACCGUGAACUGGUAAUGCCGAAGGUAUUCGAUCUAUACUUUCCAUGGUGGCUAAAUCACUUACUGCAUACGAUGAUUAUGGUAUCGACCAUGUUGGAAAUGAUUGUCGCGCCACGACAAUACCCUAAACGGUCUCGUUCCUUCGGAAUACUCAUGAGUUUCAUGCUCGCAUACCUAAUCUGGAUACAUGUAAUCUAUUACAAGAGCGGCGUAUGGGUGUAUCCUGUGAUGGAAGUGUUGACGCAGCCGCUGCGGAUUCUGUUUUUCGCGGUGCUGCUGACGUUCUGCACGAUCCUGUACUUCAUCGGCGAAGCGUUGAACAACUUCGUUUGGGGUAACGAACAUACUAAGCAUAAAAAAUCUCACAGCAAAUCUAAGUAGCCUCGCCCAAGCGUCCCUAAUGGGUGACAGACCGCAUCGCGUUUCUGCCUGCCGCCUGCGGUGGUGGUGAAACAAGCAAACAUGGAUAUUUUCUACACCUCCGUUGCAGCAUGCACGUAUAUAUCAUUUAUAUAAGGAUGAGCGUCAUUUAGAAUUUUUAUUGUUGUGUAUGUGCAUGCAAGGCGCAGUUUAAGGCAUAAAGGUGAGGAAUCGCAUAAUCGUUAACAUGGCGCGGUAAAGAUAACACGGAGUGAGCAGGAGCAUGUAAUGCAUAUCUCGCGACAAUGGACCAAGGGACAACUAAUUUAUAAAUGGUGUAAUGUUUUUGCGCGCCGACUCCGAGCAGAAUGAUACGCAUCCAUCAAUUCACGCCCACAAUAAUACUUAUUUUUGUACUUUCGUAGCGAACGAUACACUAUUAUAUUAUUGUUUUUACCAAUAAAGUUAACGUGGUGCACGGAGAAUAUAUAUGUGUGUAAAUAUAAUAUGCAUAUGAUGAUACGAUAUCAUACGUAAUACGUGACAACAUGUGUGCCCGCACUAAAGUCCAGGUGUAUUUGUGAUCGAGUGUAGGAAAAAAAUACGUAGCGGUAGCGGAGAGUGCGGAGCCAGUUUUGAAAACGUAGAAACAGCCAAUGGACAAGAGGAGUCUGAAAUAUCGUAAUGAUACCGAUCAGCUGAAGAUAAUCGUCAUCGAUGACAUUUUCUUGCUGCUAUGAUGCUAUGUGAUGAGCAGUGCUCUGGGAAAACCUAACGUUUUUACAAGCCCGACAUUGACAUAGAUACGUUCUAUGCAAUGUAGUACACAUGGAGCCGCUGUUUGCAGUUUUAAGUUAGAAAACAUUCUAACUUAUUUUUUUGUUAAUUUUGCUAUCAGUAUGUCUGACAUGUUACUGAUCAUUGGUUCAACAUUCAAUUAUGAAUAAGAUAUUUGAUGAGAUGUACGGCCUAAGGAUUGACAUUGAUUGUCAAUAUUUUCUUAGAAAUUUUAUUAAAUAUGUUCUCAGACGAAUCUUAAUAUCUUUUUUGUGCCAAAGUGUAGCUUGAAUUCAAAUAUAUAUAUAUCAUCGGUAAUAGUUAACAAGGAAAACUUUUCUCAAGUGUCUAAUUUCAAUUAGAAGACUUGAGUUUCUUUCCUUGGAACAGCAUGCAUUGUUCACAGAUUGUCUGUGCGGUAUAAUAAUCUAUAAUAAAAAUGUAAAUAUAUAGUGUCGACAGCUGCUCGAUUUUUUCCGAAAAGAUAGAAAAAAAAGAUAUCUUUAGUGUGAUUGACUUUAACGUAUUGAAGGAAAGCAAUAUACAGUUUGGUAUUAUAUAUACAUAGUAAUAGCUAAAUUGUAUGCACAAACUUUAAAAGUACU